AUGCGUCCUGGCUCACCAACAACAUCAGGGAAGAGGAGGAUGGCGGAGGAUGGUAAGGAAGAGUCGGUGGCUACUGACGACGAUUCAGAGCACACAGCGGCGGACCGGAGCAACAGCUUAAACGACACGAUGGUGGAGGAGGGCUCCACGCUCCUUCGCAGGAUGGAGAUCUGUGUCGCUGAGGCUGAGAAAAGGAGUGGCAAGAAUGCAGUGAACAUGCAGGAGACGUUCACCGUGUACCUCAUCGAGACGCGGCCGAUGGAUGCCGUCACUGAAGGUCGUAACCCAGCCCCCGACUCACUGUGGAGGAGAUACAGCGAAUUUGAGCUGCUGCGGAACUACCUGAUAGUUACCUAUCCAUACAUCGUGGUCCCCCCUCUGCCUGAGAAGAGGGCAGAGUUUGUGUGGCACAAGCUGUCGGCAGACAACAUGGACCCAGACUUUGUGGAGCGCCGUCGGGUCGGGCUGGAGAACUUUCUGCUUCGCGUGGCAUCACACCCGGUCCUCUCCAACAACAAGCUCCUCUACCACUUCCUCACCGAGGAACACGGCUGGAAGGAGGCGGUGUAUGAGACAGGAUUUCAGGCAAAGGCAGAUUCCAGACUGAGAGCUCUCAGUGCCACCUUCAGGGUGAGAAAUCCAGAUAAACGCUUCAUGGAGAUGAAACACUACAGCGAUGAGCUGCAGUCUCACAUAUCUCAGCUGCUCCGAACACGAGCAAGGGUUGCCGAUCGACUCUACGGCGUUUACAAGGUCCAUGGGAACUAUGGAAGAGUCUUCAGCGAGUGGAGCGCCAUAGAGAAAGAGAUGGGAGACGGACUGCAGAGUGCCGGUCAUCAUAUGGAUGCAUACGCUGCCUCAAUAGAUGAUAUCUUAGAGGAAGAGGAACAUUAUGCAGACCAAAUGAAAGAGUAUCUCUUCUAUGCUGAAGCUCUGAGGGCGGUGUGCAGGAAACAUGAGCUGACCCAGUUUGAGCUUGAGAUGGCCUCCCAGGACCUCAUCUCCAAGAAGCAGCAGCGUGAGGAGCUGGCUACAGGGAUCGUGCGGACAUUCUCCUUCAAAGGCAUGACCAACAAGCUGUUUGGCCAAGAGGCACCCGAACAGAGGGAGGCCAGACUGAAGCUGCUGGAGGAGCUGAUAGUAGAGGGUGAAGAGACAGUCAAGGAGAAAACAGUCGAGUGCGAAGAGCAUGUGGAGAAGGCAUUGGUGGACAUGCAGCGGUUCAAGGAGCAGAAAGACAAAGAUCUGCGGGAAGCGCUCAUCAACUACGCCGUCAUGCAAAUCAGCAUGUGCAAAAAGGGAAUACAAGUGUGGAGCAACGCCAAAGAAUGUUUCCUGAAGAUGUAAAGGUGAAGCCAUAUUCAAAGCAUGUCCACCCUCAGUGAGGCUCACUGGUGGAUUCUAGGAAGUGAAACCAACUUCCUGAGGUCUGAAAACAGCCACAAGAGAAAGCAACACAAUUGUGUGUAAAUAUAAUAUCAUUUCCCUUCGCGGAGUGAUAAGGUGUGUGGUGGAUCUCAACAAGCACAUGACUUGGAUUGGAGACCAGUUCACAGGGUUGACUUUUUAAAUAUUUACCUAAGACCAUUUUCUCUUUCCCUCAAGAGGCAUUUCACCAAUUUUAACAGACAGUUAAGUGGUCAUGGGAUUAGUAUCAACUGGUGAGUGUGCUGUUUGAGAGACGCUAUCAGGUUGCAUCAUGGGAAGUAUAGGAUUCAGGAUUUCUGAAGCUCGAAAGACUUGUUAUCUCACAGACUACUGCAUUGAUUUUGACCAUUCUUUUUUAAAUUGUUUGUUGCCCAACUUCAUUCAGAUGCAAUACUAAAUUGGUACCGAGGUUACUUUUACACAUAUCUACUGUAAACUGCUUGCUUCAGUUCAAACACACUUUAGUUUGGUUGGUUUAGUGGUGGUGGAGUUCUGUCAGUCAAACUUUGGUACAGACCGAACAGGCUUCCACCGGAGCCAAACAGACAUGAUUUUGUGAUAGCAGAUGUGUGAUCUAUUAAAACGCCUGCUGAUCGUGAACUAUCAAAGAAGCAGGGUCUGGUUUCACAAAGAUAAACUUUGACUGUGGCUUAGAUCAAACUAGUCAGACUUCAGAUCAUCUUCAGUUGGACUCAUUUGUCAGGAAUUCUGGGUAAAUUAAGACUUUUUGCAAACUGAAAAAACAUGGCUGACCAAGCAACCUGUCCUAUCCUCUUAAUGUCGUGUCUUCUGAUGAUGUGAAUGAAUAUGAGUCUAAAUACGCUGAACAAAACAGUGCAACUCUUGUACUUAUACACACACAGAUAAACGGGGUGUAAUCUCCCUAAAAGUCCCCACCCUGUCCUGUCAUAUGCAAACAAUGGAUUUCGGUUCUGCAAAACAACUUCCAGUAGUAUCAAAUGGCUUCUUAAUGUGGCAGGGCUCACACCCUGUGCUAUCUGGUCAGUCAGGCUCAGGAUCAUCAAAAAGUUCAAGGUUUCCAACAGGUGGCAAAAUUCCUCAAGAUCUCUAAAAACGACAUUCCUUUCUCAUUAUUCGCUCCCCAACAUUGUUAAAAAGCCACAAAUUAUGAGCCAUGUUUUCUUCUUUUUUGUCUUUUGGUGCCACUGGUUAGCAUGUGCCACUGAUUGUUACCAUAGAAACACAACUCUUAGUUCAGUGUUGGCUUGCUUUAUGUCUGAACUUUUUGUUGUGAAACCAUCUAAGUUCCAUUGACUAACCUACUGUCAGAGCAAAGUUGAUACAGGCCUAACACCACAGACCUGUCUAAAAUAUCUCUGUGAAACCAGACUCAGAUGGGUUGCAUUUUUUAAAUCAGUCUUUAUCACGCCCCCCCCCAUACGAUAAGACUGCGGAGUCUUAAAAGCCUAAAUGAUUUUGAGAGGUCUUUAAAAAUUAUUAGAUUAACUUUACUUACAUAAAGUUUUAUUUGCCAUUCUCGCUUUGAAAUGUGUUUUUGAGAAAGAUUCGUAUUAAUCAUGCUGUAACAACUACAAAAUGAAACCAACAUGGAACCAAUAAUGAUUUUCAGAUGCCGAUACAGAUACUGAUUAUUAGUAAUCAAGGAAACCACUGAUAUACAUUUGCAAUAAAAUGUAAUAUCUUCAAAAUAUCUCAAAAUAUAGAAUAACCUAACCUUCAUAAGUACAUUCCCUGAAGUACUAUGUACAAGUACAACUUUGAGGUACGUGUGCUUUGCUUGAGUAUUUCCAUUUUGUGCUACUUUAUACUUCCCCUCUACUACAUUUUGGAGGCAAAUAUUUGUACCUUUUACCCCACUACAUUUGUUUUUAUACCUUUAGUUACUAGUUGCAGAUUCACAUUAAUAAUUCAAAAUAUAGAUCAACUAGUAAAUUAUGUUUACUAAUAGUAUAGAUUAAGUAAUGCAAAGUAAUCAAAAUUAGCUCCACCUUUACCAGCUGCAACAUUCAACAAUGAUAACAAUCAUGCAGGCUUAGUGUUAUGUUAAAAAUGAAUUUCUGAACACAGCUAUAUCAGAUCGGUACUGGUAAUCAGUUUAUCCCUACUCAAAAUAGGUCUUAAAUUGCAUUCUGAAUACUCUUAGAAAUUGAACCUGUUAAAACCUGCAGAAACCCUGUAUCUUUCUACCUGUUUGUCAUUACUCAUGACUUACGAGGUCCAGAGAAAAAAACACUUUUGAUUUCCACUUGUGGGUCCAUGUAGAGCUGAUUUCAGUCAGAUGAAUGACCGGCACUUUAUUUGGUUUCAUGUUGGUUCCUUUGUUAUAAGUGAGUGUGAGCCAAAUUGGACCAGAAUUAAAAGGGACCGUAUUGUACUUGUCUUUAUUGGUUCAAAAGGAAUGAACUCAAGUGUGAAAGCGACCUGGGCUGCCUAAACAUAACUAUGAAGGCAUCUAAAGCACAUUGUAGUGCUUAAUAGCACCUAAUCAUGCUUAAAGGCUCUACAAGGAGCUUUCAUUUUGUGUUGAUUCCUGCGGCCCCUGUGGACAAAGGCGGUAGUGUUUCAUUGAUUUCAAUGGGUAUCCGACCAGAUAAAAACUCCUUGUAGUACGUUAGAGAUGCCAGGAGUGGAUACUGUAGUGAAAAUAAAUGAAAUUCUGAUUAAAACAAGCAUCAUCUAAGUGGCAUUACAUUUUUUUCGCCUCCCUCUGCCAUGAGGUAAUAGCCGAUAUUUAUUUGAAUAGGCUACAAGAUGUUGAUUACAUGUAGUGAUGUCCAGGGCAAUGCAUUGUACCUAUGUACAGUAACCUGCUCAUGAGGCUCAUGAGGAAGAUUUUUUAUCAAAGAGUUUCAUUGAAUUUAACCUUUGUUUAUUGACUCCUACAUGUUCUGUAUGUUAUUUAAUUAACUUUUUAUGUGCUGAGCCAGCAAUAAGCUUUGUGAGUGUAUUUAUAAAGUUUGUCCACACCCUCUUAUAUUUCACAUUUUAAUGCUCAGUUUGGAUGAAGCUCUGGUUGUUUUAUUUAUUUGAAUUAAAAUGUGUCACACCACUGA